ACCUAUCGAUAACCGAUAGCCCUUCGCUGCCAGCAAAUUUUUUUGGGGCCAAGUGGAAAAUACGUGUAAUAUUUACAAGUAUCGAACUGAAAGCCCAUUAGCUUAGACUGAGCCAAAUGGAGACGCCCACGGCAGACGAUCUGCUGCAAUUCCGCGACUAUAGCGGCGGUGCCCCGGCCCAAAUCAAUGUGAACUCCCCGACUCACAGUGGAUCUGGUGGUUCUAGUGGUUCCGGUGGUGCCAACGCACAGCGUCAACGCGGCGAUCCGCUGGCGGAUCUGAUCUACGACAUGAGCACCUCGGCCCAAGGACUUUCCGGCGGUGGAUCCUCCGGCGGAGGUGGUUCCCAGCCGCAGAACUCCUCAUUGGACGGAUCCGGCGGCGGUGGUGCACGUCUUUCCUUCCUGACCAUCGAAUACUAUCAGCAGUUCUUCAACGUGGACACCUACAUGGUCCUCGAGCGGAUCGCCAACUCCAUGAUACCCAAAAGGGCAGCUGGCAACUAUCUGCGGAUGAACAUCGGAGAGAACCCGGAUCUGUAUGGUCCAUUCUGGAUAACAGUCACCUUGAUAUUUUCGAUAGCCAUUAGUGGCAACAUAGCCAGUUACUUGCACCAUGCCAGUGAUGGCUACUACUGGCACUACAACUUCCACCUGGUUUCCUACGCGGCCACUUGCAUCUUCAUGUACGCCAACCUCUUGCCGGCCGUUUUGUGGGCCUUGUUCAAGUACAGCCUGAAGCCCGUUGAUUCGGCGGACGCCGUUGAAACAGACAGCGCCACCUACACUCCGAGUCUCCUGUCGCUGAUGUGCAUCUACGGAUACAGCCUGGCCAUAUAUAUACCCGUCUCCAUUCUCUGGGUGAUCAAUAUAUCGCUGCUGCAGUGGCUCUUGGUAAUCACGGCCGCCUUGCUUUCGGGCACGGUUUUGAUUGCCGUACUGACGCCUGCACUGCGGAACUCGCAGUUCUCGCUAUUUCUCAUCAUCGGUAUCCUGAGUGCCCAUGUGGUGCUGGCCGCUGGAUUUCUGCUGUACUUCUUUCACAGUCCCCCCGAGUCGCCAUUGGCUGCAGUUGCUCCGACAUCAGCUGCACCUGCUGCUGCGGCAGGCCUGAAAGCCGUGACCCAGGCGGCUCUGAACGCAGUCCAAGGCAACCAGACCCACUAGGAAGCAUUCCAAUGAAGCCAGUUCGUCGCCGUCGCAGACACUUGUUGUAUAUUAAGUUGUCCCUAUUAUAUAAUAUUCGUAGGAAGGCCAAUGCUUGGGUUCAUUUGUUUCAGGAUUAAUCCACUGAAGCGUCUGAGCCAAAGCUUUCCGCUUUUGUGCUUUGUAUUGACUUUCUUUAACAUCUGGCGACUGUAUAUUUAUAUUUAAUUAGUGGUAGAAGUACGUGUAAUACCAAAAAAGAAAAGAAAACAAUCGCAAGAACUUAUUGCUGGGGUAGUAAACGAUUUCAAAUUUUUGUCGAAGAAGGAACAGAAGAAUAUGUUUAUCAUGCCAUCAUUAAAUUGUAAAUAUAAUCCAAUAUA